AUGGUUUCAAGAACUCGCCGAUACCGAUGCCAGACUUUUUUGUGGUAUCGGCAUUUUUUCCGAUACUGGUAUCAGAAUCGGAAUAACCCUAAUUAUCACUUGGUGGAGUUGAGUAAAUCAAAAUAUGCCAGAAACAUUGUGAAGAAGUUUCUGAUGUAUGGAAAUAAACAGCAGGUGGGUCAUGUGAUGUUGGCUUUUAAGGGGAACGUCAGACAGAUGCUCAGGCACUCAGAGGCGUCGUCAGUGGUGGAGUAUGCAUACAAUCAAAAAGCCAUCCUCUCACAGAGACUUAUGCUUACUGAGGAGCUCUAUGGCAACACAUUCCAAAUCUGCAAGUCCACAGUUUGUCCUACACUAGUGAAAGUUUUGGAAAAUAAUCCAGAGAAGCUAGAGAGCAUUGUGGAGGAAAUGAAGCAGAUCCUCACACCACUGGCACAGAAGGAGGCUGUAAUUAAACAUUCACUGGUUCACAAAGUUUUUCUGGACUUCUUCGAGCAUGCCCCAGCCAAACAGAGAACAGAGAUGAUAGAGUCCAUCAGAGAGGCAGUAGUGUAUAUGGCGCACACACAUGAUGGAGCCAGAGUAACCAUGCACUGCUUAUGGCAUGGCACACCCAAAGACCGAAAAGUUAUAGUAAAAACAAUGAAAACAUACAUUGCAAAAUUUGCAACGGGUGAAUAUGCUCACCUAAUUCUUCUAGCAGCCUUUGAUUGCAUUGAUGACACCAAGCUGGUUAAACAGAUUAUCAUCUCAGAAAUGCUAAGUUCCUUGUCUGAAAUAAUCAGCACUAAACAUGGUAAAAAAGUGCUGCUUUACCUGCUAAGCCCAAGAGACCCUGCACACCUUCUACCUGAGCUAAUUCAGCUGCUCCAAAAAGGUGACGGUAAUGCACAUAGUAAAAAGGAUGUAGGAAUCAGAAGGAGGGAGCUGUUGGAAACCAUUUCUUCUCCUCUGCUGACGUAUCUGUGCAAGAACACACAGUCUAUGGUCAUGGAUAAAGCAAGUAGCGUCGCUGUCAGUGACAUCUUGGGGUCCGCAGUUGGUAACCUCAGGCCUGCAAUGGAGGCCGUGGCAGCCCUGGCAGCUGAGCCCUUUGUACCAGAUGGAGAAAAUGGCCAGCUGCAUAUGGCAGAACACCCUGCUGGCCACCUGGUGCUGAAAUGGUUAAUAGAACAAGAUGCCAAGAUGAAGGAGACAGAAAGAGAAGACCGUUUUUCCAGAAUUCUUUUGGAGAAGGUGGGGUUAGAGAACCUCAAAACAUGGGCUUCAGUCAACCGUGGUGCAAUAGUUCUUUGUUGCCUCCUUCAAAGUGCAGAUGAAAGUGUUGCUGAAGAAGUGAAAGUUGCACUGAAAUCCAUCCUUCCUGAACUUCAUAAGAUGCAAAACUCUAAAGGAGUCAAGAUCCUGCUCGAGAAACUGGCCUGAAGUGUUCAAUUAUAUUAAAGUUUUGAUUUUAUACGUCUCUGCAGGUUUCACCUGAAUUUUUGUUUUCAUAUGUCACUGCUGGUUUCACCUGAAUUUUUCAUUGUAAGUAAAUACAAAAUAAACAGGAAUACAUGG